AGUUCUGGGGUGUGCACAGUGCUCCCGUGUCCUGCUGAAACAUGGGGUGAUUUUGGUGUCCCUGUCCCUGAGAGGUCUGUGCCACCUAUGGACAGUCUGGGCACAGACAUCACACCCUAUAUCCCUGUGCUGCUGACGCUGAAGAGCCACCCCCACCCAGCCCUGUCCCUUCUCCCUUCCAGCCCAGACCCUCGGCCUCGCUGGUGAGUCCUCGGGGGAUGCCAUGUCCCUGCCCUGCUGUCCCCAGCCCCGUGGUGGCCCUGGCAGGCUGGUGUCCCCUGUCACCCGCAGGUGCCCAGAGCACCCAGCUCCUGGUGGAGCCCCCCUGGACGCCGGCGGUGCUGUGGGACCGGGUGACACUGACCUGCCAGGGCUCAGGGACCACCGGUGACACCACCUGGUACAAGGACAGGCGGCGCUGGCAGCAGAAAGGACCCGCACACUUCACUGUCACAGAGAGUGGAACCUACACGUGUGAAAGGCCUGGCACUGGGCUCAGCCCCCCUGUGAGGGUGUUAAAUGAGCGUCUUGUGCUGCAGCUGCCGGCACGGGCGCUGCUGGAGGGGGACACGGUGACACUGCGCUGCCGGGGCUGGCAGGAUGCCACGGUCACUGGAGUACGAUUUUACCACGGGGACAAGGAUCUGGGGGGGCCCCUCUGUGGGACCGAGCUGUCCCUGUCCCCCCUGCAGCUGCACCACAGUGGCUGCUAUCGCUGCGGGGGCUGGGUGAGCUCUGGGCCAUCACCGUGCUGGGAGAAGUCAGCACCAGUGACAGUGACAGUGACAGUACAUGUGCCCGUGGCCAAUGCCACCAUCACCCCCGGUCCCCCGGCACUCCAGGUGUGCCCAGGUGACCCCAUGACCCUGCGCUGCUCGGUGCAGGUGGGCUCAGCCCCUGUCACCUUCACCUGGCUGCACAACGGGCACGAGGUGGCCCAGGGUCCCCUCCUGGAGCUUGGGGACAUUGAUGUGGGACAUUCGGGCACCUACCAGUGCGUGGCCACCAACCAGCUGGGACAGGACGGGCACCGCGUGUUCCGGGCACUCAGCCCAGAGCUGGCCCUGGAGGUGACACCACAGGGAACCACUGGACACCACUGGAACACAGGGCCCCCCCACUGGAGGAUCCUCAAGGGACCUACAUGGAGCUGCAGGGGCCACAUGGGCAACCAUGGGAACCCAGUGACAUCUAUGGCAAUCUACAGCAAAAGUUGUGACACUCUGGGAAGGGGGAGGCACUGGGUGACACGGGGUGCUCCCUCCAUGGCUCCUGUGGUUGUCCAUCCUUCCAAGGGAGGUGUCAUGAGCCAGGAGAAGGCUACACAGGGCACCCUGUGCUCCCCACUUCCUCUCCCGGUACCCCCAGAGGCUCCCCCAUCCCCUUGCCCAUAUCUGCAGUGGGAAAAACGAGGUUCACUUUCCUAGUAGAUUUUACAAGGCUUAAUUAAAAAAAGUCAAAUAGGAGACAAAGUCAAUAAAGCAAAAGAUUCUUAUGUCCCAGUGCUUGAAGUUCAGCCAAGAGCACACACUAACUCAGAAAACACUUCCUUAAAUGCAUCAACAUGUGGAAUAUUCAUAGACCUUCAUGCAUUAUUCAAAAUCAUUUCCCCAAUCUGUAAAUCAGCUUUUAUUGUGGCUCCAUAAAUUCCUUCCCUGGACUUCUGGUGUUUGUCAUCCCUAUCUUUAUCCAGAUAGGAUAAUCCAAGAAUGUGAAGAAAUUUCUGAUUAUCUUUUUACCAUUCUCUGAGUUACUUACAUAAACAAAAGCUUUUUACAUCACCAUGUUGUAGUAAAAAAAAAAAAAAAAAAUACUUAGCAUACUAUUAUUUCUAAGUUUUGUUAAUAACAGAUCUAAAAUAAACUAUAUUCAUACAGCAAAGUUUUCCAGCAUUAAACACAUAGCAUUCAUUUUAAUACUUGCAAAAAGCCAAUAAUAUAAUCUGUACUUAUAACAUGCAGGGACUCCCCAACCCCCAUCCGAGUGCUCCAAGUACCCUCAGUGACAUCCCCAUUCUCUGGCCCCAGUGCUCACAGUACACCCAGAGGGUUCCCCAAAUUCCCUGGAUUUCCAAGUGGUGGCACCUGCGUGUCUCUGGCAUCAUCAAAUGAUGGCUGCUGUGGGC